AUUCAUCCAUACCUUGCUGUCUUAGUGGCCACAAAGCAGCGUUCGGACCUGAAAGCGUCCAUUUUCCGUAGUCCACACUAAUGCUGCGUACGCUGCUUGUAAUUUAGAAGUAGAAUGGCAUCCUGGACUUUAAUACCUUUGGUGGCCUGCAUUGCCGUAAUUGAUUUAUCAAACGCAAGACCAAGAUCUCAGCGGCGCUCGGAGGAUUAUGGUGGUAGACACCAAUUACGAAAAGAAGAUUCACUUCAUAAAAGAAUCAACAGCGAGCAUCUAUAUAGGCACCAAUGGGAGAGGGACCAGGACCGAGCUGAUCAAAAACUCCACGAAUUCCAAAGGAAGAGGGACCAGGACGGAGCUGAUCAAAAACCCUUCGAAUUACCGUCGAUGAGAGACCAAGGUCGACCUGAUUCAAAACUCCAUGAAUUUAAAACGGUGAGAGACCAAGACAGACCUGAUCAAAAGCUUCGUGAACUUGAAGUGAUGACAGACCAUGACCGACCUGAUCAAAAACUCCAUAAAUUUGAGAUGAUGAGAGACCAAGAGCAACCUAAUCUAAAAUCUCAGGAAAUACCGUCGAUGAGAGACCAAAGUCGACCUCAUCAAAAUCUCCCUGAAUUCGAAAAAGUGAAAGAUCAAGGCCAAGCUUAUAAAGAACUGUAUCAGUUGGAUCAAGAGUGGGACUGGCUUAACAGGCAGAAAAAUGAUUACAUUCAGGCAGCAUCUUUGGUUUCAAAGGAUAAUCCCGUUAGUUCUUUGCCAGAUGACGCUACUAAAGAAGAACAAGGAGAAGAAGAAGAAACGGCAGCAAUUCCAGCAGAAGUAAACGAUGAAGAGGAAGACGAAGAGGAAGACGAAGAGGAAGAAGAAGAUGAGGAACAAGGAGAAGAGGCGGAAGUAGGAGAAAAACACAAAGAAAGCAAAAGAGUGUUGGGAAAAUUGCUCAAAAAUAUAUUGAAAGAAGCAGCAAAAAGAAGAAAAGGCGAAAGGUUGAUUAUCAAGAUCAAAAAAGAAAGCAAAACGUUUAUAGUCAAAGGAAUAUUGAUAAUAGAACUCAAAGAAGGGCAACAGGAAGAGGAAGAGGGAGAAGGAGAAGAAGAAGCGUCAGCUGAAGAAGAAGCACCAACUGAAGAAGUAGAAGGAUCAGCUGAAGAAAAAGCACCAACUGGAGAAAUAGAAGGAUCAGCUGAAGAAGAAGAAGAGGCAUCAGCUGAGGGAAAAGAAGAAGCAUCAGCUGAAGAAGAAGAAGAAGAAGAAGCGUCAGCUGAAGAAGAAGCACCAACUGAAGAAGUGGAAGGAUCAGCUGAAGAAGCACCAACUGAAGAAGUAGAAGGAUCAGCUGAAGAAGAAGAAGAGACAUCAGCUGUGGAAAAAGAAGAAGCAUCAGCUGAAGAAGAGGGAUCAGCUGAAGCAGAAGAAGAAGCGUCAGCUGAAGAAGAAGCACCAACUGAAGAAGUAGAAGGAUCAGCUGAAGAAGAAGAAGAAGAGGCAUCAGCUGAGGAAAAAGAAGAAGCAUCAGCUGAAGAAGAAGGAGAAGCGUCAGCUGAAGAAGAAGCACCAACUGAAGAAGUAGAAGGAUCAGCUGAAGAGGAAGAGGAGGCAUCAGCUGAGGAAAAAGUAGAAGCAUCAGCUGAAGAAGAAGAAGAAGCGUCAGCUGAAGAAGAAGCACCAACUGAAGAAGUAGAAGGAUCAGCUAAAGAAGAAGCACCAACUGAAGAAGUGGAAGGAUCAGCUGAAGAAGAAGGAGAGGCAUCAGCUGUGGAAAAAGAAGAAGCAUCAGCUGAAGAAGAAGGAUCAGCUGAAGGAGAAGAAGAAGCGUCAGCUGAAGAAGGAGCACCAACUGAAGAAGUAGAAGGAUCAGCUAAAGAAGAAGCACCAACUGAAGAAGUAGAAGGAUCAGCUGAAGAAGAAGCUCCAACUGAAGAAGUAGAAGGAUCAGCUAAAGAAGAAGCACCAACUGAAGAAGUAGAAGGUUCAGCUAAAGAAGAAGCACCAACUGAAGAAGUAGAAGGAUCAGCCGAAGAAGAAGAAGAGGCAUCAGCUGAGGAAAAAGAAGAAGCAUCAGCUGAAGGAGAAGAAGAAGCGUCAGCUGAAGAAGCACCAACCGAAGAAGUAGAAGGAUCAGCUGAAGAAGAAGAAGCACCAACUGAAGAAGUAGAAGGAUCAGCUAAAGAAGAAGCACCAACUGAAGAAGUAGAAGGGUCAGCUGAAGAAGAAGCACCAACUGAAGAAGUAGAAGGAUCAGCUGAAGGAGAAGCACCAACUGAAGUAGUAGAAGGAUCAGCUGAAGAAGAAGCACCAACUGAAGAAGUAGAAGGGUCAGCUGAAGAAGAAGCACCAACUGAAGAAGUAGAAGGAUCAGCUGAAGGAGAAGCACCAACUGAAGUAGUAGAAGGAUCAGCUGAAGAAGAAGCACCAACUGAUGAAGUAGAAGGGUCAGCUGAAGAAGAAGCACCAACUGAAGAAGUAGAAGGAUCAGCUGAAGGAGAAGCACCAACUGAAGUUGUAGAAGGAUCAGCUGAAGGACAAGCACCAACUGAAGUAGUAGAAGGGUCAGCUGAAGAAGAAGCACCAACUGAAGAAGUAGAAGGAUCAGCUGAAGGAGAAGCACCAACUGAAGAAGUAGAAGGAUCAGCUGAAGAAGAAGCACCAACUGAAGAAGUAGAAGGGUCAGCUGAAGAAGAAGCACCAACUGAAGAAGUAGAAGGGUCAGCUGAAGAAGAAGCACCAACUGAAGAAGUAGAAGGAUCAGCUGAAGGAGAAGCACCAACUGAAGUAGUAGAAGGGUCAGCUGAAGAAGAAGCACCAACUGAAGAAGUAGAAGGAUCAGCUGAAGAAGAAGCACCAACUGAAGAAGUAGAAGGAUCAGCUGAAGGAGAAGCACCAACUGAAGUAGUAGAAGGAUCUGCUGAAGAAGAAGCACCAACUGAAGUAGUUGAAGGAUCAGCUGAAGAAGAAGAAGAGGCAUCAGCUGAGGAAAAAGAAGAAGCAUCAGCUGAAGAAGAGGAAUCAUUAGCUGAAGAAGAAGCAUCAACUGAAGAAGUAGAAGGUUCAGCUAAAGAAGAAGAAGAAGCGGAAAAAGAAGAAGAAGGAGAAGAAGAAGAAGCAUCGGCUGAAGAAGAAGUGGAAGAGGAAGAACAAGAAGCAUCAGCUGAGGAAGAAGAAAAAGAAGAAGCAUCAGGAGAAGGAGAAGAAAAAGAAGAAGAAGAAGAAGAAGAAGAAGAAGAAGCAUCAGCUGAAGAAGAAGAAGAAGAAGAAGAAGAAGAAGAAGAAGAAGCAUCAGCUGAAGAAGAAGAAGAAGAAGAAGAAGAAGAAGAGGCAGAACAAGAAGCAUCAGCAGAGGAAGAAAAAGAAGAAGAAGAGGAAGAAGGAGAGGAAGAGGAGGAGCAGCAAAAAAAAAAAUGCAGGAAAGGAAGACGAAGAGGAAAGAAAGGAAAAUGCAGACGCAAAAAACUCAUAUGCAGAGGAAAAAAUUGGAUACGAGUGGGUGGAAGAUGUAAAUGGAAACUAUUAGAAGAACUCCACAAAGUAAUAUUAAAAAACAUUGGAAGCAAAGGAAAAAACAACGGGAGAGGACACAUAAUUAAAUGGAAAAUAUUUAGAAAAGGAGGAAGAAGAGGCCGUUAGUGAAAAGACUUUGACGAACCAAGGGAAUGUCCUGCCCUAACAAGUUUUCGCUUCUGUUUAUUAUCAUUUUGGUCAAUAGUUGAUUUUCGUUCCAAACGAGUAUGAUGUGAAACUGCUGGUUUUGCGAUCUUAUUAGUAUCGUAUUGGACUCUCUUCAAUGUACUAUUUUUCCAUCAGCUUGUUUUAGACAUUAUAUACAUGCAGUUAGUAAGCACAUUUUGUCAGGAAGACUCAAUGAUUGUAACUAGUAGAUAGCCUUAUACCGCCAUCGUUCGUAUAUCACUAGAUAAUCUGCACAUGGCUUUUCAUUUCCGUAGUUAUUCUUGGUAUUAAAAAUGCACAAUUGUGAAA